ACAGUCUCAGGUCCUGGCUGCACACAGAUCUACAUUUUUAUUCAUUUUAAUUCAUCUCAGAGUUUCCAGCAUGUCGGCUCCCGAGAGGCUGCAGGAGAUUUUUAACAACAGCACUGAGAAAAACACCACCGGAGCAAAAGACUGGACUGAGGUGUAUGAAGCCGUCAGGUGGAUCCAGCUCGUCAUGGCUCUGCUCAGUGUUCUGGGUUCAGGCUCCAUCAUCGUCUGUCUGAUGUUACAGAGACUCAGCCGCACGCCCGAGCUGCAGCCUCUGUUCCUGCUCAGUGUGUCCGAUCUGCUGCUCGCUCUGUGCUGGCUGAUCGGAGCCGCUCUGUUCUCUCAACGCUGCGGCAGCCUGAACACACACUGCUACCACCUGCACACUGUGGAGCAGGCUCUCUACAUGGCCUCCUUCUUCUACACACUCAACUAUGUGUUUGACCUCUACACCGGGAUCAGAGAGAAGUUCUACAGCUGCAUGAAUGGAUUCAUACAGGUUUCCAACAGAGUGAGCACCGCCGGUAAAAUCACUGCGCUGCUUUCAGGCCUGUUUCCUGUGCUGCUGAUGACGCCUGUCUUUAUACUGGGAGGCAUCAACCACUGUCAAACCAACUUCAGCCAGCCCUACAGGUGUCUGCUGAUGCACACUGGAGCGCUGUUUCUUACCUCAGAGCACCAGCUGCCAAUGGGACCCUGCAGAAGGCUGCACUCCUUCCGCAUCGCCAUCUUCCUCACCACCUUCCUCCUCACACUUCUCAGCAUCACAGUGCUCAUGGUUAAAGCCCGUCGCAUUUACAGGCGGGUUGUGACGGCAAACGGUUACCUAGGCAACCAGCAGCGGGCCUCCUUCCGUGUGAUGGAUCGGCGGAUGCUCCUGUACCCGCUGGUCUUUGUCCUCUGUUGGGGUCCAGCGGUGGGUCUGGCAUUUCUUCGGGUGGUGAAGCCCUCAGCAGGUCAGGGCGAGGCCUGGGUCGCCCUAUACAUAUCUCAGGCUUUCACCUCGGCCUCUCAGGGUUUCCUCAACUGUCUGGUCUUCGGAUGGACUCGUGCACGUCUCCGGCAAGCUGGCAAGAUGGUUUUAUCUCGAGACGCUGACACUCAGACACCUCUGCUGAGAUCUCAGAGGAACAGAGGCUACCAAACACUCCGCACUGGCUGAAAGACGCAGGGGAGAAGUGACAGUGAAACUGAAAGUGAAACUGAGCAGGUGCAGCAAAGACUCAAGCGAUAAGUCUGAACUUUCACUUUCACUGACAGGGGAAAACACCACGGCUGAGCGUCUGCAGGGGACAAAGACAUCCACCUCUGAUCCUGAACCACUGACGUGAGAAAAAAGGGAAGAAGAAGAAGCAGGGGGACUUUACGUUGAGAAAUACAGAGACAAAGAAAACAGGAUUUGAGAAGGAUGUGGCUGCAUUGACUGAACUGACAGACCUCAUAGGUGGUUUGUUUUAAUGUCACUUUCCAGGUCACAUGACUCCUGUGGGUCAGUGUCUGGAGGUCCAUUUAGCAGGUUAUUCAUCAGAAGCUAAGCUGAAAAGGACAAAAAGAAAAUAUAUUUUACAUUUUUAUUUGUAAUGCAUUAGAGGUAGAAAGUGAUUUUACAGUUUACAUGAACCAGAGAAAAGAAGCACUUCAUUUUUUUUAAUAUUCAAAGGCCACUAAACUUUCAGAUUAAUAUUAAGACAAAAAGUGCAUUGAAUAUGUGGGUUUGUCAAGUUUGAUACUACUGUUGAAGCCCAGUGCUGCUCUUAUCCUGCAGGUUACAUAAAGGUUAAAGGGAUUUAGGACCUGAGUUUAAACAAAGAAAGCUGGUUUAUACAUUUUGUGAUAACUGAAGCAACCUGAAUUUCUUUUUAUAGGAUGCUUGGUAGUGAUUAAAGCUGGGUGUGCAGUUUUAUUUUGGUGUCAUUGGGUAAAAGUCCCAUAAUAAACUUUGAGCCUAUUGUAAUUCAAAUGGUCUGAGAGAAAACUAGACUUCUGCUCCUCCUCUUGGCUCUGUUUUCAGGCUUAAGGAAGUCUAGCUGUGAUGGGGGAGACUACAAAAUCACAAUCACAGGUCAUUUCAGAGAGGUGGUGUUCCUGUUGGCUGUUCUACAGAUACAGAUGUGCGUGCACGUCCCUUCAGAUGGUGAAAGUCUGAAUCAAUGAUGUGGAGAAAGUUGCUAUUCCAUUUGGCAUCAACUGACCACCUAGCCAGGAGGAGAGUGGGCAGUAGCUCCAGAGAUGGAGCCCCCGUCAGCGGCCACAGCAAUCUGAAUCAAGCCAGGGGACCGGACAGCCCGACUCCCCGCAGAAUCAGCAAACUUUCUGUUGCUGCUGUCACACAGACACACCAAACCAACAUCAAAGAGCUAGCAGCCACAAAAUCCAACUGUUAUGUUGCCUCGCAUCACCUGUACCUACAGCCAACAACAAACCACCACGUAUGUUCUGCACUUGCGUGAGAGGUAAUAGCUCUCCACACCAGCAGGCAGCGGUCAUCUGUUUUCUUUAUUAAAAGUGAAACCGGAAGACUAACAGGACGGAUCAAAGAUGCCAGUAGGCACACUAACAACAUAACUUGAUGUUUAUAGAACGGAGCAUAUUUACCAUGAAAUGUUUCUGAUACAGAGCUCAGUGGCUAAAAACAUAAUCAUACCUAAUACAACAAGUUUGUUUUGGUCUCACUCCCUCUUGACUUAAGCUGUUUGUUUACUUUCCUCACUUCCGUUUCUCUUCUCGUGUGCUGAGCUGAACUGACAAUCAGAGGGAUUUCAUUCAACAUGCUGAAUUGGCUGACAGAAAGCCGACAAGGGACAUACUGCAAAGACAAGGGCAACAGAUGCUCACCGAUGGCCCGAAAUUGACCAGUGGUUGAUCGUUGGCUUGGUGUGUCAGAGCCUUUAGACCUGGCGCUGUUGCUGGCCGCCAGCCCGCUGUGACACCCGGCACUGAGGGAUUUUUGCUGGGUGAAUUUGAGCCGCUAAAGCUGCCAACCAAAGGUCCGUCUCUGGAGCUGCUGCAGGGGACCACAUCUGGUGGGAGGGGCUUGGGACAGAGCUGCAGGAUGAGGGUCUAUUUUCAAAUUCUGCCAUUGUUUUGCAUUUCACAGAUUUGUGGUCACCGAGCUUUAAGUUUGUUUUUUCUGUCAGUACUGGUUGUGUUACUUUUGUCAUGUUGGUUGAAGCUCUGCAUGAUUUCUGCUUCCCAAAGAUUUCCAAGUGUUGUGAGGCAGAAACAUUUUGUACAGUUGUUUGACUCAGCACCUGAAGAAGAUUCAUAGUACAUGUGUUUUGCACACUGAUUGGUUGAAGCUCUGCAGUCACGCUGCUGAAUGGACUCAACGUUUACAUUCUGAGCUGUUUGUUUCCUUUUGUUUGGUCAAAUUAUAAU